GAGGCGUGCAUGCCGCUGCUGCCCGCGGCGCUCACCAGCAGCAUGCUCUAUUUCCAGAUGGUGAUCAUGGCAGGGACGGUGAUGCUGGCGUACUACUUCGAGUACACGGACACGUUCACCGUGAACGUGCAGGGCUUCUUCUGCCACGACAGCGCCUACCGCAAGCCCUACCCGGGCCCGGAGGACAGCAGCGCCGUGCCCCCGGUGCUCCUCUACUCGCUGGCCGCCGGGGUCCCCGUGCUCGUGAUAAUAGUUGGAGAAACUGCUGUGUUUUGCCUACAACUAGCCACAAGGGAUUUUGAAAACCAGGAGAAAACUAUUUUAACUGGAGACUGUUGCUAUAUAAACCCACUGGUGCGGCGAACUGUACGAUUUCUUGGGAUUUAUACGUUUGGACUGUUUGCUACAGAUAUCUUUGUAAACGCUGGACAGGUAGUCACAGGGAACCUGGCUCCCCAUUUUCUUGCCCUGUGUAAGCCCAACUAUACAGCGCUUGGAUGUCAGCAGUACACACAGUUCAUCAGCGGGGAAGAGGCCUGCACGGGCAACCCAGAUCUCAUCAUGAGGGCAAGGAAAACAUUUCCAUCCAAAGAAGCGGCUCUCAGUGUCUAUGCAGCUAUGUAUCUGACAAUGUACAUUACCAACACAAUCAAAGCCAAAGGAACAAGACUUGCUAAGCCCGUUCUAUGCUUGGGCUUAAUGUGUUUGGCCUUUCUUACUGGACUCAACAGAGUAGCAGAAUAUCGAAAUCAUUGGUCAGACGUGAUAGCAGGGUUUCUGGUUGGAAUAUCUAUAGCAGUAUUUCUGGUCGUGUGUGUGGUAAAUAAUUUCAAAGGAAGACAACCAGAAAAUGAGCAUAUACACAUGGAUAAUCUGGCACAGAUGCCAAUGAUCAGCAUUCCUCGAGUAGAAAGUCCUUUGGAAAAGGUAACAUCUAUACAGAACCACAUCACCGCCUUCGCAGAAGUCACAUGAUAUUGAAGCAGAUGGGUUUUCACUGCAUUGGACAUCGUCCCUUUUCACCAUCCAUUCAUAACACCCAAAGUUUGUUUGAUUACAGAAGAAGUUUAUAAAGUUGUCUAAUAAUUUUUAUAAUUUUAAAAUCAGUGUCAACUUAUCUGUUUCCCCCACUAGACUGUGAGCUCCUCAAGGGCAGGACUGUGUCUUUCUUCUCCGUAUCCCCAGCACCUACAACAAAGCCUCGCACAAAGUAGGUGUUCAAUAGAAAUGCAAUGACCGAAGGAACAAAUUAAUUCUUAAAUAAAACACUCACUUUAAUUUCUCACAGAAUCAAUGAGAUUAUGUGAAAAGAAACCUCUACAUGAGUCAUAUUUGUAUAAGAAAUCCCUCCAUUUCGGGCCAGUUAAGCUUUUUAAUUUUUCAUAUAUCUAUUCAGCAGUAUAUCAUAUUUCAUUUGAAGUGGACUUUGAAAGUCAUGGGGGUUUUUAUUUCAUUAUUCAGCAUGACAUUAUUUCCAUUCUAACAGAUUUCAGUGUGUGAAAUUACUUUACUUUUAGAAAGUAUGUUCUAUACUAAAAUAAUGUUUGCACAUAAUAUUAUGCUAUAUUUCACUUAAAAUACCAUUCAUACUAUACAUUCUAAGACUGGUGCUUCUGCUUUUGAAGGGGAA